UUUUUAUCUAUUAUUAUUUUUCAAAAACCCUCGAAUUUGGGCAUUAGGGUUCAUACUCUGACCACAACACGAGAAGCUUCACUGACCAUUACCUUUUUUUCCAAAAUAAUUAUUAUUACUUAUUUUAUUUAUUGUUAGUACAUCCAUCUCCUUGUCUUCUAUCUAUUUCCAUUCUUCAGCGUCACAAUCUCUACGAACAUUAACGUUGCACUUGUAAAGAAUUGCCCUUGAAGCAGUGGAACUUUACUUAACCAUGGCCAAUACAGAGCAACUUUUAGCAAAUGAUACGCCGUCCUCUAUGAUAGAACAGCUAGGUAAGAUAUAUCUUGAACUUGAAGCUCACAAGAAUGCAUCUGACAACAAGAUUCAGUGGAAGGAGAUUGAAGAACACUUUCGCAAUCUUGAGAUGACGUUGAAGAGAAAAUCUGAAGAGCUGGAAUCUAGGGAGAAGGAGUAUGAGAAGAAAGAAUCUGAAAUUCGUGCGCUGGUUGCAAAAAGAAUGGCAACUGUUGCAGAUAAAGAACAAGAUCUCAUAGAUCGCGUGCAGGAGCUUAAAGAUGCUGCUGUUGCUGCCAUUGCAGAGGCGCGUGCAAAUUACCAACCUACAUCUUUAGACCCCGCUGAUGUUGGGGACAAUCAAGACAGUAUGGUAAGCAGCUCUCUUGGUGACACAAAUUCCCCUGGGAAGUACAUCCCUCAUGAGAUUGGCGAAAAUGCUAAAGGCGAUGUUAAGCCACGUCCAGAAAUAAUGCAAUUCUGCAAGCAGAUGGAUACAAAAGGACUUCUGAACUUUACCAUGGAGAAUCAGAAAAAAUUAUUUGCCAUUCGUGAGGAACUUUCUGUUGCACUUGAAAGUGCAAUGGAACCAGCCCGUUUGGUGCUGGAUUUACUGGAAGGGUUUUACCCUCCCGCUGAAACUGACCAACCAUUGGAUAAGAAGGAUGCUGCUCUUCAGGGCAUGCGCAAAUCCUGUAUCAUAUUUAUAGAAGCCAUGGCUGCCUUAUUGGCUAGAACUGACCCAGGUGCUGAUCACCUUUUGAACCCUGAAAUCAAGCAGCAAGCUAAGGCAAUUGCUGAUGAGUGGAAGCCUAAUUUGGCUAGUGUAGGCAAUGAUGCUGCCAAUGCAAAUUCAUUGGAAGCUGAGGCAUUUUUACAGCUUCUUGCAACCUUUAGGAUUGCUUCGGAGUUUGAUGAAGAAGAACUCUGCAAGCUUGUUCUUGUAGUUUCUCGCCGCAGGCAAGCACCUGGGCUCUGCCGUUCUCUUGGUUUAUCACAUAAAGUUCCAGGGCUUGUUGAGUCCUUGGUUAACAGUGGGAAACAGAUUGAUGCUGUACAUUUCAUUCAUGCCUUCCAGCUUACUGAAAGCUUUCCCCCUGUUCCGCUCUUGAAGACAUACUUAAAGGAUUUAAGGAGAAACUCGCAGGGAAAGGGCGUGAGUUCGGGUGGAGCUACUGGUGCACAGAUUGAUGUAAAUGCACAGGAACUUGCUGCUUUGAAAGCUGUAGUUAAUUGUGUCAAAGAGUACAAACUUGAAGCUGACUAUCCUCUUGAUCCACUUCAGAAAAGGGUUGCUCAACUGGAGAGGUCGAAGUCUGAUAAGAAGAGGGGUGGAGAUUUUGGUAAACAUCAACACUCCAAGAAACAAAGAGCAAAUGGAGGAUACCGUGGACAUCGUUCUCAUGGUGGCAAGGCAGCUCCUGGUAGGCAUGUUCCACCUGUUUUCUCUGACAGGGCAGCAUAUGGAGGAAUGCCUGAGAGAUAUCCUCAGGCUGGUCCAAACCCUUAUGAUUACCAAGUUCCUGGCCAGCCUGCAUUUGCUCAGCAACCAACUGAUCAAAGACUAUAUUUUUAUCCCCAAGAUGAUAGGGUUAAUGUAACUUCAUACACUGCAGCUCCAGCUAAUUAUGCCGGAUAUAUGGGUAGUGGAUUGCAGUCUUCACACCAGCCAUAUAUGUAGUAAUCAAAUGCAAGAUUUGUAGGAAAGUUUAUUGGAUGUGCAGAGAAUUUACUUGUUCACCUAGUGCUAUGAUACCCAUUCUAUCUUUUCACUUUGAGGCUUAUAUUAUCCAAUGCCUUGAAAUUACUGAUAGGAGAUUCUGUUAAACAUGUAAGACAUUCAGAUGAUCCAUUGUAUUGGUAGUGCAUUUACAGUAGAAUGGGAAGCUGAGAAGGCUAAUGUUGCCAUGCUAUAUUGCCAACAAUGCUGUUUUAGGAAAGAACAAAUUUGUUU